AUGGCUGUAACUAAAUGGAAACGCCAGUUUGUAGAUAGGGUACGAAUAUUUUGCAGAGGUGGAGGCGGUGGACAGGGUAAACCACGUUCAGGUGCAAUGGGUGGAGAUGGAGGCGAAGUAUAUGUUGUAGCCAAGGACGGUGCAGCAUUGUUCGAUAUUGCUCAGCGGAAAGAUAGGCGGUUUAUUGCUGGCAAUGGUGAAAAUUGCAGUCGCCAAGCGUUCAAUGGUCAUAAAGGUAAAGAUUGUAGGAUUGCAAUUCCAACAGGGACGCUUAUAACUUGUUUAGACUCAAAGAAAGUCUUGGUAUCGCUGGAUAAAGUAGACAGUACUUUUACAGUUGCUAAAGGAGGAAUGGGAGGAUGCCCACAAACUGGGCCAAAAUGGUGUGGUUUGAAAGGUCAAAAACGGAUGAUUUCUCUAGAAUUGAAACUUAUUGCAGAUGUUGGACUGAUAGGUUUUCCUAAUGCAGGAAAAUCGACUACAUUACGUGCCUUAACUGGUGCUAAACCUAAAGUGGCCAACUAUUCAUUUACAACAAUUCGGCCUCACUUAGGAACAGUUUUCUAUCCAGAUUAUGUUAAGGUGAGAAUUGCUGAUUUGCCGGGGUUAAUUGAAGGUGCGAGUCAAAAUGUUGGCAUGGGCCAUAAAUUUUUGAAACAUGUCGAACGUACUAAGCUAUUGUUGUUCAUAAUUGACAUCAAUGGAUUUCAACUUUCAGAAAAGUUUUCGUUUAGAACACCUUUAGAAACAAUCAGUCUUCUUGCUCAGGAGCUAAAAUCUUAUAGUCACGAGCUGCUUAAACGUCCAAGUAUUAUUGCUAUCAAUAAAGUGGAGGGACGGCAAGGACAACGGAAAUUCGACGAAUUAAUAUCCAAGAUGGAUGCAGAUUUGAGUAUGGACAUUCAAUUCCAAAAUUUCACUUUAAACGUAAAAUCCAUGCAAAAGGAAUUACUGCGUUCUUUCAUGCUAACAAAUGGUAACAACAAUAGCAACGACAACUGGCCAAAUUGUAUGCAUCUUUGUCCGAUAUCAGCAAAACAUUUAGAAGGAAUUGAAGAAUUAAAAGUGAAGAUCCAUCAAGUUAUCACCGAUAUACGAGCUAAUCAGUCAUAA